AUGAUAACCACAUCGAACAAGGACGUACUCGACGACGUCCUCCUUUACAGUUACUCAGACUACCUGGCAAACGAUUCUUUAAUUGUUGAAGGCUCUGAGAGCCAACCGCCCACACCCUUAAUGCAGCCUCAACACGUCAAAGUGCAACAGCCGCCCCAACCGUUCUCACACUCAAAGCCUAUCACCAUCAUCCGCCCGUCUUUUGCGAACAUCGUCUUCUCGGACUACGAGAACUCAAACGAGUCAGACGAAAAACUCGCAGCACAUUUCCAAAGGUCUUUUACUCAUGCGUUCUCUGCGUCGCCACUCGUCAGACUUGAGGAGUGGAACAAAAGCCAGAAUUGA